AUGCCCGACGCGGAGCCUGUUGCUGCUGCUGCUGCUGCUGCUGCUGCUGCUGCCCCGGCGUCGCCAGCCGUCACUCGGUCCUUCAAGUCCUUCAAAAAAGACAUAGACUGGAUGAUACUGACUGUUGACUCCUCCAGGCGCAAGUACGGCAAGCAGAAGAUCAAGUUCGAGGCCGUGAUGAAAGACAGCACGGCGCUGGCCCGCGAGGAGAUGCGGAUUCACGACCUCUCGAAGCGUCUGAGAGAGCAGAACGACCAACUGCUGGAACUGCUCCUCGAACUCAACAAUACGGUGCACAUCCCCCGAUCUCUACGGUAUGAUCUCAACAAGGAGGAGGACUCGCAGCUACACACGACCAUGUCCGACCAGCCAGACUCCAUCCCCAUCGUCGAGUGUGACGCCCAGACAGCCCGCGCAAAGCUCAACGAGGCCAAGCAGAAGCUUCUGGCUGGUGAGAUGACCGCAGACGAGUGCAAGGAACUCGAGCUGUCCAUGUUGAAAAGCAACACCUUUGCGCCAACCGCGAGCAUCACUUCGCUGCUGAAGAACGUGCCGCAUACCACCCCGUCCUCCGACGAUGCUACUGCUCAGGACAAUGAUCUCGAGGCUUCUCUCGGUUUCAUCCAUCCCGAGGACGACGUGGACUAUCUCAUCCCCAGCGAACCUCGACGCAUAGACCUUACGAAUGCCCGCUCAACCAGCAAACAUCUCCCCGUAGCAGACAGGGAGAAAGCACUGCUCAUCCGCAACCCAUCGUCAGUCUACAACUGGCUACGCAAGAAUAAGCCCCAGGUCUUCGCUCAUGACCCGGAAGCACCCCCGGCCGGCACCAGUUCUGCCAACGCAGCCGGCGGUGGCUCCGCUCAGUCUGAGAAGCCCGCAGCAGCAUCACGGCCGAGCUCUACUCGCUCCAAACGGGCUUCGGCGCAGGCACCCAAGGAGGAAGAGGUGUACGAUGAAGACGGCGUGUUGGUGGACGUCGUCGAGCCCGCUGCCAACGCCGGGAGCGGAGGCAGCAGGGCCAAGCGGAAGCGAGAGGAAGACGGCGUGUAUCAUCCCAAGGGCGGGAACCGAGGGAGGAAAAAGAGAGACGAUAAACGAGCCAAAAGACCGUCCACGGCGUCCACUGCGGCCGCAUCAUAG